AUGCGUGAAGUUCCAGAAUCACAUUAUGUGUGUCAAUGGUGGAUCCAACACUUCGACGGAAUAAAAGUUGUAAACAACUCAAAUACAUUGAUUCAAUUUAAGAAGAAACAUCGUGAUCAUAUCAGAUGGAAUAAUGCAUUAUUACCGUUUCGACGUUCAGGUUUAUGGAUGACUAUCAAAGUAGUAUUUCAGACAAUUCUAACUAAACGUUUGGGACAUCUUGGCACCAUUGCUUAUAAGUUGUUAACUACCCACUUUCUUACUCAUAUUAUUAACACAAGACAUGUUAGUACAUCCACUGAUUUAUUAGUUCAUUGUAUUCGAAAGAUUCUAAGAAGAUUAAAUAAAAUUGAAGGUUUACUUUCGUCUAUAGAUUCAAAUCAUAUGAUCGAUUGGUUCCAACAUAUGAAACAGGAAAUACAAAUGAAAAUUGAUCAAAUUCUUCCAAAACCAGAUUGGCUAGAUUCCAUUCAGAUGAAUGAAAAAUGGGGCCAGCCAUUGUCACUAAAUAAUGUAAAAUUUAAUGGUCCUAAGAUAUAUCAACAUGCAUGUUUACAAUUAAAGGCGUAUCUGAAUAAUGAAAAUUCAAAUGAAAUAUGUCAGUUAUUCUCAAGUUUUAGAAAUAAUGGCAUUCUCACAAAUGUUAAUCAUGAAGAUUAUAUACCGUCACAUCAUGUUUUAAUAAAACAAAUGAAUUAUACAGUUGUAACAGCUUUAACUUAUAUGGAAAUUUGGAUUGAAUCCUGUUUAGAACAAUGGAUGAAUCGCCCAUCACUAUCCAUAAGUGGAAAGAAUCGUUUCGAAAUUUUAUUGCAUUUCUUCGAAGAAUAUCAGACUGAAGCAUUGAAUUAUUAUUGGUCAAAAAAUGGUGUAACAGAUCCGAUGGGUCACAGCCGAUUUAUUCUAACAUCAUUGACAAUUAUUCGUUGUAUGCAUAAAAAAUUAUUUCAAGAUAAAAGAUUUGAACGGCUAAAACUACAUUCUAUAUAUAUUCCCAACGUUUUAAAGCUGUUCGAAUUUUUGGUCUUACCCAAUCGAGAAGAUAUGAUUAGGGCACGUAGUCUUUACAAUUAUUUUACUGAAUUCAAUAAUAAAUUAUAUCCUGAUCUUUUAAACAAUGUAGAAUCUAACAAUGCUUUUGGAGUAUAUUUCGCUGAUCAUUCACCACAAAUGAAUGAUGAGAUACAACGCAUUAGAAUUCAAGCUGAACAAGACAAACAAAAUAAAAUAAACGAAGUGAACAAUGCAAAGCAAAUGUAUAUGCAACUAAUGAAUGUAGUAAAUAAUACUUCUUGUGAAUAUACUGCCAAUCGUCAUAAGAGUAAGCGAUGCAAACGAUGCAAAGCUCUGAAACAAGCAAACCAGAUUCAAGUAAAAGUUUACGAAUGUCCGAUACCAUGGACGCGCGAGAGUGCAUUAGCCGUUAUUUUUGAAUUACAAAUGCCCAUUGAAAUACGAUGUUAUCGAGAUAUCAUUUGGCAAUUUAUAAAUCGUCCUAACCCACAACCAAAAAAUUGUAUGCAUGAAUGGUUAAACGUUUCUUCUCAUGGAAGUAAAUUAGAGUCGUUUUAUACCGGUCUCAGUAAUCACAAAGUUAAAUUAGUAUCUUCUACUAAGUCUAUUAGUCAAACUCACUAUUCCACUCCACCAUCAAUUGCAUUCACGCCUACCGAAGGCUUUCUAUUCGAAAAUAGUCUGAAGAUUCAAAUCUCACCUACCAAACCAAUUGAUUUCGAAGAUGAAGUUCGUAUAUUGACUCCUCAGCUUGAUCAUCCAGAUUAUAAACAGUUACAGUUUACUAUAAACACUACACAGUUCGUUCAAAAUGACGUCAUUGCUCAACUAUGUAGUUAUUCAUCACGUUUGAAACCUUCACAGAUUGUAGAAUUCGGCUCGUUUCGUUCCGGUCAUCGCUUACAAUGGUGGAAUCUUUUAACAAUUCUUGAGAUGGACUCAUUAUCUUUCGCUGAAGAGAGUGUAGCAAUACUGAUUAUACAUUCGAUAUUACAAUAUGGUCCGUUAAUAUCAGAUUCAAAUAUAUUGUCUGAUUCGUGGUGUCCAGAAUCACAUCAACAAUUAUUGGAAGAUCAUUUUGUCGAUGAGUUAAUCUCAAGAUUGAAUCGUCAUUUAGAUGACUGUGCAUUAAAUUGGCAGAAUGAAUUAGUAUUAGUCGUCAUUACAAUGAUUACGAUGAGAGUGUUAAGCAUUUGUAAUACAACAAGGAAAAAUAAAGCUGCUAAUUUAGCAAUAAAAUGUCGUAAAAUUGCUGAAAAAUGGAUUAAUUUCAUUACAAGAAGUAUUCAAACUAUAUCACCAUCAGCUUUGGACGAAGUGGAAAAUCUUCGUCUUAAAAUGGUAACUGUUGGCAUUUCUUGCAUUUUGACAUUUUCAACUAACCAACAAAGAAUCAAUUUUUUAUUGUCAUCGAAUGAAGAUAUUGUAUCCUUAUUAAAAGCAGCGACUACUGUUCAUGAUAAUAUAAUAUUAACCAAGAAUUGGGCCAAUAUGAGUAUUUUUAUAAGAAAUAUUAUGAGAUUUAGUGAACGGGUCUUAGUAAUGAUACAACCAACAGUUGCCAAAUUUCUACAGAAAACAUUCUAUCAAGGUUUGAAUGAAUUUACAGUGAUCUACUGGGCAGUCACUAAAAGAAAAGGUAGCAUGAACGGACAGUGGACAAAGCGAACAAAAAAUCCAUAUGAUGGUUGGUACGAUUGUCAAUAUGAUUCGAGAGUUAUAUCAAUUGAUUUUAUAAGAGGAACUUUUUUGAUCGAUAAUAUGACUAUAGGCUUUUUACCUGACAAAAUCAUCUUCCAUGAAUCAUUUGUUCGUGUAUUUGGUGAUCAUAUCUUUGAAGUUCAAGCGGCCGAUUCACCUAAUACUUACAUUACUAAACAUUCGUAUCAUGGUACUGGACUCGUUCAUUAUGAUUUUCAUUUCAAUGACCGAAAUAAUCACUUAAUUAUUAAAGAACGGUACAUGCAGACAAAUGAUAUUUUUCAAUUGAUUCCUCAUAGUUUUUUCGAGAAUGAACUACCAGAUAUGUUUGUCUCCAAUCACAGUCAUUGGUGGAAUACAAAAAAUCAAACAAUCGAGUUUCGUCCCGUUCAUUUUAAAGAUAUCAAUUUUUUAACUAAUAAAUCUUAUAUAUUAUCCAUGAAGACAGGAUAUGUUACUACCACUGAAUCAGUUAAUACACAAAUUUUGAUUAAUCAAUCAUCAACAUUCUUUCAAAGUUUAUUUAAUCGAUAUUUUAUUCGUCUUGAUGAUAAACCCUAUGUAUACAUGAUGCGAGAUAAUGUUUUUCACACUAAUGCUAUCAUUCAUAUCCAUUUAUCGCGUUUAGGCAUUGCUUUUCAAUACGAUCCUAGAACAAAUAUAAUUAUGUCUCGUGAAUAUUCAGAUAUGUGUGUUGAUGAACAUCAAUUGUUCGGAACUUUAACAAGUUUGACAUCUGGUCUCCUCCUAUCACCAUUAGCUGUCAACAACAACCAUAAAAUGGAACGCUAUCCGUAUCGAAAAUUGAUCGUACCUUUUGGAGAAUUACGUAGUGAAAAGACAUCCGACAUCAAUCAGCAAGCUGUUAUUAUACAGCGAUCAUCGUCAGUAUCUUUUCUUCACCAAUAUUUUGUUUUUAUUCUAAAUGAUCGAUUAAAAAUUUUACAAUCGACUGAUAGUCCUACUGGUUGGCUUUAUUUAGCAUUGUUACAUGCAAUGACAUCCCAUCCUUUACCAGAUCAGUAUACUGGAAUGACUGGAAUGGAACGCGCUUUUCAAUUGUUAAAUUCAGCUGGUUGUUGGUCAGAUCAACCCUUUGAUUCUCUUUCUCUAAAUAUAUUGAGUCAAAUUGCUGCCAUAUCGCCAAAAGUAGAUUACUAUCCAGGACAUCUGACUAGUAUGGAAAAAAUAGAUUGGAAUAAUAAUGUAUCUAAUGAACAAUUAUUCGAAAUAGGUUUGAUCUCACGAAUCACUCCAACAAUCCUCAUCGCUUUCUUACAACAAAAUAUAGCAAAAUUUCCUUUGAAUAACGAUCAACUUACAUUACUAGGUGGUAUUCUUGUCUGUUGGACGUUAGAACAGCAGCUAGAAAGAGCGUUACAUUAUGCCAUUCAUGACAAAUUGGAAGAUUUUGCAAAAGAAAUAUCAAAUACACCACAUUCAAACUGGAAACCAUCUGAACAUAUUUCUUGGCUAAUCUUAGAACUGGAAAUGAACAUAACCAUUCGAGAAAUCCAAAUAAACGUAGCACGUCAUAUGAUGCAAACAGGUAUGGCAACAAAUAAGACUAAAGUAAACAAUUUGGUACUGCAAAUGAAUAUGGGAGAAGGUAAAACGUCUGUUAUUUUACCAAUGUUAGCUGCUAGUUUAGCUUCAUCUGAUUCCAGUUUAGUUCGUAUAGUAGUUCUUAAAUCCUUAUUCCCAACAAAUUAUCAAUCAUUACGAUGUAAAUUAGGUGGUUUACUGAAUAGACGCAUAUUUUCCUUUUUAUGUCGUCGUGACAUGAAUUUUAAUGAGAAACAAAUUAAUCAUAUUUUUAAUCGUCUCAAGCAAGGUUUACAUAAUUGUGAUGUCAUAUUAACUUCACCAGAAGAUAUAUUAUCCUUCGAUUUGCUUACUAUAGACAAAUGCCGUCGAAAUGAAUUUGAUGUUGGUCGUUCUAUGUUGACAGUUCAACGAUGGUUAAAAUUAUUUGCUCGUGAUGUAUUAGAUGAAUCUGAUGAAAUUCUACAUGUUAAAUAUCAACUAGUUUAUACUGUAGGUAGUCAACAAAACGUUGAUGGAGGUGCAGAACGUUGGAAUAUCAUUCAGACAGUACUUUAUUUGGUCAAAAAACAUGCUCUAUCUAUUUCAAAAUGUUUCAGUGAAGAAGUUUGCUAUAAAUCUCCUCCACGAAAAAGUGCUUUUCCAGAAUUACGUUUGCAAUCACAUCAGCCAUUUUUACUAUUAUGUGAAAUUGUAGCUAAUGAUUGGCUUAAUCAAAAAUCUUAUCGACAUGAAGAUAAAAAAAUUAUCUUAUCAUUCAUUUUAGCAACAAAUUCAUCCAUUGAACAACUAGAUAAUAAGUUUUCACAGCAUGAUAUUCAACAAUUUCUUAUCAUUCGUGGUUUGCU